GGUAUGUGAAUGAGGUGAAACCAGGAAGGUAUGGAGUCCCCAGACCAUUCUAUUUCCCUCUCCAACCAUCUUACUGGACUGGCAGACCUUGUACUACCACCUCACAAGAGGUGAGAGGUGGUGGAGAGAGGAGUGGGGAUGAUCUACAUGAGGAGGAACCUCGCAACAUGGCUGUUGGCAUCAGUGUUCAGAACCUCAUCAAGAUCUAUGAUAAUAACAAGCUUUCAAAGUGUUUCCAAAGUUCAACAAAACACGAGACUAGGAGAAGGGUUGCAGUUGACGGUCUGAAUCUCAACAUGUAUGAGGGUCAGAUCACAGCUCUCCUGGGCCACAAUGGAGCUGGCAAGACCACCACCAUCUCCAUACUCACCGGUCUAUACACACCGACGGGAGGUACAGCAGUCAUCAAUGGAUAUGACAUACGGAGCAACAUGGACCAGAUCAGACACAGUCUCGGCAUCUGUCCCCAGCACAAUGUCCUCUUUGACAGACUCACUGUCCUGGAGCACCUCAAGUUCUUCGCAAGACUAAAGGGUGUCCAUGGCAGAGGAGUCCAGGAGGCAGCAGAUACCAUGAUCCAGGACCUCCAGCUAGGAGACAAGAGGAACACUCCAUCCAGACACCUCUCCGGUGGCAUGAAACGGAAACUUAGUGUUGGCAUAGCCCUGAUAGGAGGGUCAAAGACAGUGGUGCUGGACGAGCCAACAUCAGGAAUGGAUCCAUAUGCCAGGAGAGCUACUUGGGACCUGCUGGCCAAGCACAAGGAGGGCAGGACCAUCCUACUCACCACUCACUUCAUGGAUGAGGCUGACCUACUGGGAGACAGGAUUGCCAUCAUGGCUGAGGGGAAACUCCGUUGCUCUGGCUCCUCCCUCUUCCUCAAGAGCAGGUAUGGAGUGGGAUAUCACAUGGUGAUAGUGAAGGAGCCAUCUUGUGAUACCACAAAGGUGAGUGAGUUGGUGCUGGAUAAGGUUCCUGGGUCCCAGAUGGCCACUAAUGUUGGAGCUGAGCUCUCCUUCAUCCUCCCUUCCUCUGCCACCCACUACUUCCCUCCUCUCUUUGACACCCUGGAAGCGGAGCAAGGAGAGCUGGGAGUGUCCAGCUAUGGUAUAUCGGUGACGACCAUGGAGGAGGUGUUCAUGAAGGUCAGGGAAGGAGCCGAUGAGACUCUCUCACACAGGUUGAAAAGUACAUCUACAGCUGCAUUCCCCUCACCCCCGCCUCGCUCCCCAUUACUCCUGUCACAUCACUCACGACCAUCUCCACAAAUACCCUCACCGCAGUCACCCAUAUCACCACAAUCACCAUCCACACCGCAGCACAGGGUGGUAGUCACCACAACGGCCGAAGUUCACGAAGCAAACAAUAACCCAACCCCGCAAUCACCCCGUCGCAAUAUUGACUUAGCAGUAUUUGGGAGCUCUUCCAGUCUCCAGCGAGAAAUAGAGUUGGAUGAGUUGAAGGCUUUUGAGAAGAGAGACAAGAUUGGGAGAUCCACAUCUCCUCCGACUGCAGUGGUUGGAGAGGAGGAAGAGGAUGGAGAGGGGUUUGCUAAUGAGAGGUACCCCAAGAUGAUCUGUAUCUCGUGGGGUAAUUGGCUGAGGAGGAGUAUUAGUGGCAGUGUGACUGGUGACACUGGUGACAAGAGCGAUAUGGAGGAGGGAGGUGGAGGUUAGGAGCAGUGGGAGGUGUGAUGCUGUGCUGGAGAUUGACGGGGUGUGUGUGGGAGAGAGUGGAGAAGGUGACAGGGGGAGUGUGACUGGUGGCGGUGAUAAAGCCAGUGACAGUGAGAAAGGACCUUGUGAAACUGUCGGUUGUCAUAGAGUCCCAAUUCCUCCGACUCCUCCCUCUGCUCCUCCACCUCCCUCUUCCCACGUCCACCUCAACUCUGGCCUGACUCUCUGGCUCCAGCGCUACUGGGGGAUGCUGGUCAAGAGGUUCCUCACCUCCCUCCGGUUCUGGCAGGCAGCCGUCACCCAGCUGCUCCUCCCUCUCUUCUUUGUCGGCUACGGCAUGGUGCUGGCCAGGACCAUUCUGUUCACAGACGAUGCCAGUGACCCUCUCAGGAGGCUGGGACUCAGGGAGUCCAGUCUGGGUCUCAAUAGGACACUCUUCUGGGCAGAGUUUGGCAGUGAGAGGCUGGACCCCUACUGGCUGGCAACACUUCCAACAGUUUGUUUGACUUCUCUGAUGAGUCUCUGGCUGGCUCCCUGGGUGCCACUGAGCUCCAUGACUACACUCGUGAGGUCCUGGAGCUGGUGUCCUCUGUCCAGAGAGUUAGGGACACACAGCAUUGCUGCCGCUACCCCUACCAGAUGCUGGACAAAUUCUGCGCCAGUCGCACUGUGGAAGAGCUGGAUGUAACAUGUAGUCACAUCAACUCAUUUCCUUACCAUCACUGCCGUCACUGCUUAUCAUGUUGUGAAUCUCGUGUCACACGUCUCCCGUCCUGUACCCAUCCUCUCACUCAACCCACCACCUACGAAGAGAGCCAGUUCUGUCCCUCCUCGCCCCAGAUCUCCCUCCAAGACCUCCUCAGUAACUCCACCUCUGGACCCCUGGACACACACAUCCCCUACGUAGACGAACUCCUCAUGCGUCUGUCGCAUGCAAUCACAGCUCCGGUGUUUACGCGGAGGGUAGUGGGAGGGUUUGUAGUCCAGCGCAGGCGAGAUCCUCCUUACUCAGUCUGUGGCUGCUCUAAUACUCAGACUGUCUGCCGCAGCUUUUUCAAUAGCUUGCACGAGUGUGGUGGUGACAGUAGUCGACCCGUUUAUGUUGUUCCGUCUUUGAUUCAAACUGGGGUCUGCCCUGCUUUGAAGUCAAGUGAUAGACUUAAUUCCUGGAACGGUGGAAAUAGAAGUGGUGUUGGUGAUAGUGGUGAUGUUUGGAGUGGUGAUGGUGUGAUGGAGGGAGGGUGUGAGGCAGUGGAGUUUCCACAUCACUAUGAGGUUGACGGACUGAGUGCGGAUCUCCUGCAGAGGGCCGGGGAAUGUGGGUGUGGGAAUGUGACAGGGGGAGGGUGUGAGUGUGGGGAUUGUGAGGGAGGGAGGAUGGUGUCAGCUCACUACUACCAAGACUCUGAGGAGACUCUCUCAGUCACUGUCUGGUAUAAUAACAGACCAUGGCACAUGUCGGCAGCAGCUCUGAAUGCCUUCCACAAUGUGUGGCUGAGACAGGCCACCAACAACUCCAACCUCAGACUCACCAUCAACAACCAUCCCCUACCUCGCACCAAUCUCGAAAGACUGACUGAUGUUCAGCAGGUCAACCUGGAUGGCUACUAUGUGGGCACCACUGUUGUCUUUGGGUACAGCUUCCUUGUGGCCAGCUUUGUCCUCGUCCUUGUGGCUGAGAGGGAGAACAAGGCUAAGCAUCUCCAGUUUGUGAGUGGUGCUACAGUGACAAGUUUCUGGCUGGCCCACCUGUCCUGGGACCUCCUCAACUCCCUCCUCCCCCUGAGUCUCUCCGUGGCCAUCUUUGCUGCUGCUCACGUGGAGCCCUAUUCUGGCAUUGCUCUACUCGCCAUCGCAUGCCUCCUGAUCCUAACCUGCUGGUCCAGUAUUCCAAUCGUCUACUCUGCCUCAUUUCUCUUCAAAAACUCUCUCGUUGCAUUCGGAGUCAUUCUCGUUUCCUUCUUCGUCUCCUGUUUGAUUUUCUUCUUGAUCACGCUGGUGAUUUCUGACGAGCUCAUAAAGGACACUCUUCACUAUGUCUUCCUACUUAACCCAGCAUACACGCUUGGUAUAGGGUUGAACGAUAUCUACAUCAAUCACUUUCUGAAAGAGAUCUGCAAUUUCACUCCCUUGGCCAGGCAAUCGUGUGCUAGUAAUGAUGUGAGGUAUGUGGACAACCUGUUCUCACUGGACAGACCUGGUAUUGGCAUACUCUUCAUUUACAUGUCUGUGGAGGGCCUCGUGUUCUUCAUACUCACCCUCUUCAUUGAGUGGCACUUCUUUACCAGAGAGAUAUCUAAGCUGUGCCAGACGAGACAGAGCCACAGGAAGAUGAGCUUCAGUGUCACCAACAGUCUCUUUGAGAUGAAGGCCCUGGAGAAGGAUAGUGAUGUGGAGAAAGAGGCACGGAGAGUGGCGAUGGGACAGGUGGACAACAACAGUGCUGUUAUUAUCAAGAACCUUGUCAAGGUGUACCCUAGGUCACUGGAUGGGUUCAAGAUGAGACCAGCUAAGACUGCAGUGGAGGGAAUCAGUGUGGCCAUACCCACAGGAGAAUGUUUUGGACUACUGGGAGUUAACGGAGCUGGUAAGACUACAACAUUCAACAUCUUGAUAGGAGACACUGCUCCGACAAGCGGCACUGCCAUCAUCUCUGGAUACAAUAUCAGAACUGACCCCAGGAAGGUUAGACAGUUGAUUGGCUACUGCCCUCAGUUUGAUGCUCUGAUAGAGAGGAUGACAGGGAGAGAGCUGCUGACCAUGUUUGCCAGACUGAGAGGUAUUCCAGAGUCUCUCAUCAGUCAGGCAGUGGAGGCUGAGGUGGCUCGACUUGACCUCUCCAAACAUGCCAGCAAACAGUGUGGAAAGUACAGUGGUGGUAACAAAAGGAAACUGAGCACUGCUAUUGCUCUAAUAGGAGACCCCCCAAUCAUCUUACUGGAUGAGCCAACUACAGGUAUGGAUCCAGGGACACGUCGCUACCUGUGGGAUGUUCUGACUGGAGUUACUAGAGAGGGAAGGAGCAUCAUACUCACAUCACAUAGCAUGGAGGAGUGUGAGGCACUGUGUACCAGACUUGCCAUCAUGGUCAAUGGCCAGUUCAAAUGUCUCGGCAGCAUACAACACCUGAAGAACAGGUAUGGAUCUGGAUAUUUGCUACAAGCUAAAGUUAGAAGAAAACUGUCACAUUCUAGUAAGGAAAAGCUGACACCAGAAAAGGCAGAUGUUUUAAGCAAUUCACCAAGAAUAUCCUUGAGGAGGGCUUCUUCCUCAUAUGUCCAUCUCGUACCAAUCACUACCAACAACAGUGACUUUGACACAAGUCCACUUCACAAUUUCAUAAACGACACCUUUCCAGGAGCCCAUCUUCUAGAGGAGCACCAGGGUGCAGUGACGUACCAGCUGCGCAACGAGGAUCUGCGCUGGGCCACAGUCUUCAGAGAGAUAGAGGAACACAGAGACAGUCUGGGAAUAGAGGACUACUCUGUCAGCCAGACCACUCUUGAACAGGUGUCCCUCUUGGGAGCUACGUAGCUACACAUUAUACCUAGUAGUCAAAAAGUAUGCAUAAUAUUCCUUAAUACGAGUUGCCACUUAAUAGGCAAGUGUUGCAUAGUAAAUUGUCUGAAGGUCACACUGUAUGUCUUUAAUUUCUUGCGAAAAAUGUGUUGUAAAUGUUCUAGUAGUAGACCUAAGUAUCUACCGAAAGAUUACUGUUAUAGUGUUGGUUGGUUCGUUAUUAAUAUCUCUGGCCUCUGCAGGUAUUUAUUAACUUUGCAAAGGACCAAACAGAGGUAGAAGAGACAGUUUGACAUCAUAACACUAUUUCUGUUAGUUCUGUUGAAAUGUUUUGUACAGUUUGCUAUAUAAAAAUGACAUAAUUAUAGUGACCCACA